AUAAAUAAUUUGUGUUUGAGUUGGAAUAUGAUUUUUGAGAAAAGAUGGAAUAUUGACGGUAAAUUGAUAUUUAACGUAAAUUGCAUUGUUUGUUUUCGGAUGUGUUCGAAUAAAAAAAGAUCUAAGUCGAAGACGAUUAAUUUAUUGAGUUGCCUUUAAAACAUUUCUUGUAUUCCAUCGCAAGUCCAGCCUUAAAAUUAUUCUAACAAAGUGUACAAUGCUGCGUAAAAUCGCGGUGAAACACAGUAAACUGAUACGCAAUCUCGGGAAAAAGUGAUAACGACGAACGUGGAGAGCCCAAGAGGAAGAAGACUCGUGUGGUUCGACUUCAGUGGCUUGUACAAAACAACCAUUCAACCUGGCGGACCAAGAGGAAGGCGGAGGCUCAGCAGCGAUGCAGGGCAAAGAGAGCCCCAUCGGGUCCAACACCCAGGAGACUCAUCAGUACGUCGGCCCUUAUCGGUUGGAAAAGACCUUGGGAAAAGGCCAGACCGGAUUAGUAAAGCUCGGCGUACACUGUGUGUUGGGUAAAAAGGUGGCAAUCAAGAUUAUCAAUCGUGAAAAGCUUUCGGAGUCUGUGUUGAUGAAAGUGGAGCGCGAAAUCGCAAUCAUGAAACUGAUCGACCAUCCACACGUGCUCGGUCUCUCGGAUGUGUACGAAAACAAAAAAUAUCUAUAUCUUGUUCUGGAACAUGUCUCGGGCGGAGAGCUGUUCGAUUAUUUGGUUAAGAAGGGUAGACUGACUCCAAAGGAAGCAAGGAGGUUUUUUCGACAAAUAAUUUCCGCAUUAGACUUUUGUCACAGCCAUAGUAUAUGUCAUAGAGAUUUGAAACCUGAAAACUUAUUACUGGAUGAAAAAAAUAAUAUUAAGAUAGCAGAUUUUGGAAUGGCAUCCUUACAACCCGCAGGCUCCAUGCUGGAGACCAGUUGCGGAUCACCUCAUUACGCCUGUCCCGAAGUCAUUAGAGGUGAGAAGUACGAUGGCAGAAAAGCGGACGUAUGGUCCUGCGGGGUAAUACUUUACGCGCUUCUAGUGGGCGCUUUACCAUUCGACGAUGACAAUCUGAGAAAACUACUAGAGAAAGUAAAGCGCGGACUGUUUUAUAUACCGCACUUUGUGCCACCUGAGUGCCAGAAUUUGCUCAGGGGUAUGAUAGAAGUUGAUCCUGAGAAAAGGCUGACGUUAGCGGAAAUAAACAGACAUAUCUGGGUAACAGCGGCGGGUAAGGGUGAACUCGAGUUGGAGCUGUCGAUGAUGGAUGUAGUGCAGACGCACGUUAUUCCGUCCGUGGAUGCGAUCGAUCCCGACGUGUUACAAGCGAUCGCAAGUCUUGGUUGCUUCAAAGAACGUGACAAACUUAUUCAAGAACUGCUCAGUCCAAACCAUAAUACAGAAAAGGUGAUAUAUUUCCUAUUGCUGGAGAGAAAGCGAAGAAGACCGGCGUGCGAGGACGAGCUCGAAGUAAUGAGGGGAGGCAUGAGGGGAUCCGCAGGACAAUUAGAAGCUGAUCCACCAAGAAAACGAGUAGAUACAUGUAGAGUGAACGGAAGUACCGCACUCAAUCUUGGACAAAUCAGUCACGGAUCGCCUCUGACGCCUAGAAGACAGUCUAGCACGAGACAUCACGCGCGUCGAUCACCAAGUACAAGCGGAUGCCACACUCAUAGCUCUCAUUCGCACACGUCAACGCCGGGUAGUUCACCGUUGCACGCGCCUGCGGGCCUAUUGAGUCCUCAUAGAGCGGUGCCGAUAUCACACGUGGGUCAAACGAUUACCAGUAGCCCACACAGAUUAUCCAUCGGCAGCAGUACCACUACUACCGCCGGAAAUGGCAGUCCCACGAGUCAGAGUGCACCAACGCCAGCUUCAGCGUCGGCGCUCACUAGUGUCGGCAUUGAACUCAAUGAGAUGCAACCUGUUGCGGUCGGUAUUACACCGCCAGGAUCACCUCACACAGGAGCAGGAUCCGGAGCUCAUCACUGGAGAUCGAGACUGACCACAAUCAAGAAUUCUUUUCUAGGCAGUCCCAGGUUUCAUCGUCGUAAAUUGCUCACUAGUACCGAGGAGGUACACCUCACGCCAGAUUCCUCUCCGGAACUAACAAAGAAAUCAUGGUUCGGUAGUUUGAUGACUACAGAAAAAGAUGAGACCUUUACCGUCCUGGUUAAGGGGAAACCGCUGGCCAGUGUCAAGGCUGAUCUGAUUCAUGCUUUCUUGUCGAUAGCAGAAUUAUCUCACAGUGUAAGCUCACCGAUGUCGUUCAGAGUGGAAUACAAGAGAGGUAGCACUGCACCUGUCAUGUUCCAAAGACAAGUGCGAUUUCAAGUUGACAUUAGCGCGAUUUCGAAGCAACCAAACGAGCCCCUCUUCGCUAUCACGUUCACAUUAUUGAGCGGCAACAUUCGAAGAUUUAGGCGAGUGUGCGAACAUAUCCAGUCCCAAGUAUGUUCGAGAAAUGUAGGCAUAAGUUUAGGAGGCCAAAGCAGAGCCGCACCCCCUAGUCCGAGAGCCUCCAGAAAAUUUACCACGGAAAUGAGUGAGAGCUCCAGCUGCGGCAGCGAUACGAGCGAACGGCUGUUUCUUACUCCUCAUCCAGCUACCAGACAGAUCGAUUCGGACAUCGAGUCAGAUACUUCUGUAUUUGAUGUAAAAUCGCCGACUCGUGAAAACGGUAGAAGAAGCUCGACAUCAACAAAUAAUAAUAAUGCUCUACCGGGCGACACGACAUCGACGCCAGACAACUCGCCGAAAGCAGUGCGAAGUAAUUCGGAAAGCCAGAACACGCCCGAGAAGAAAUGUGUCACCACGAUGAGUGGUAAUAACAUAGCGUGAUACUAUCAGAACAUUCGCUUCGAAUUUCGAUCGAGUCUGAAGAACUUGUGGGAUAGUGCUCAGAGAUUCUGGUGAGGUUUUCUUUGACGAACGCUUAGAACAUCUUAAUAGAAAAGCAUAUGAACCGCUAUACGUUAUUCAACAACAUAGAAGAUCGAGGUCUAACAUUAUAUAUAAAUAUUUCCAUCAGCAGUAAUAGCAAGAAGAUCAAGAGGCGACAAUGGGAAUAGUGCAGUCAUUCGUUAUAUGUAAACGAAAUUCGAAACAUCGAAAUCUUUAGUGUGAAUUCUAUACUUACUUUCCACUUUCGGAAUUAAGAUAUGCUUGAUUAUGUUUCGAGAAAUACGUAUGUACAUGAAAUUUUGUUUGAACAACUCAAAUCUAAAUCACAUAAAGACGUUAGAAUACAUUAAAUGUAGAUAUCUCAUGCCAUUUUGUUCGUAAAAUAAAUAAUUCUCCGCGAGAGAUAUUAUUUCCAAAUCGCCUCCAGAUAAAAUCAUCUUAAAUCUUGCGGAAUCAGUGAUGUGUAUUUAAUAAUAAACAAACCUUUACGGUGCGACACACAUGAAGAAUCACACGAAGAAAAGGAUUCCGAAAAUGAAGUGUAAAGUAUAUUAAAGAAAUGUGUUUGUUAUAAGUAGCGAGAUUUAAGUGCAAUGACACAUUAGUAUUGUUUUUUUUUACAUUAGAUAUUAUUGCAAAAUAGCAUUUUUCUGUGCAAUAAUCGCUGAUUUUCGUCUGUUAAGUUUAUAAAUGAUGUUUUUGCAUUAGGCAUGUUUUAUUCGUUAGAUAGAAAAAUUACAAACGCCGUUGCUCGAAAUACGUUAUUGUUAUUUCGAUAAAUUAUAAAUUAUG